UUUAGUGUUUACUCAUUUUAACAUUGUUUAAAUAGUUGAGUGCAUCGUUUGGACUGUUCAUCACACAACACAUAACUACUUUUGUAUAAGCAAGUCAUCUACAAAGUGUCUUCAGGACUAUAGUACAGCAAAGACUAAGUUGAGGAAAUCAAACUCUUGCAGUGUAUGACUCUGGAGGCUUGUGCCUGUUUACAUUGUGAGAACUAUCUUAUUCCAGAGACCAGACAAGUGACAUGUAAAUAGUUGAAUCUGUAUUGCUGAUCUGCUGUAGUGAAUUGAGAUUACUUACAUUUGUCACAGUCAAGUGGGAAACAGAGUGUACAUUGAAGAACCCACAAUCAGGCCUGCCAACCCAGCCGUACUCCUUCCUGAGGUCAGGAAUUACCACACAAUAGAUUAAAAGUUUGCAGUUGAAACCAGCUGCAAGUAAGGGUUCCACUCAGCAGUGAAGUCAAGGAACUAGAGUUUCAGAAUGCCGUCAUUUGCAGGGAAAGUUAUCCUCAUCACAGGGGCUAGCUCUGGCAUUGGUGCAGAGACUGCCGUUGAGUUUGCGGAAUCGGGAUGUGGUGGUCUGGCGCUGGUCGGACGCAACAAAGAAAACCUGGAUGCAGUGUGUCAACAGUGCCAGGAUAAAGGCGUCCCAAAAGAGAAGGUGCUGGGCAUCAUUGCUGACAUGGCCAAAGAUGAAGACGUACAACGCAUUAUGGACAGUACUAUUCAGCAGUUUGGCCAGCUGGACGUAUUGGUGAACAAUGCGGGAAUCUGGUGUGUGAAGUACUUAGGCGAGGAAGGCAUCAUGAACGUCUAUGACGACAUCAUACGAGUCAACGUUCGGGCAGUUCUGCAGCUGACCCAUCUUGCUGUUCCACACCUUGCUCAAUCCAAAGGGAAUAUUGUCAACGUUUCCAGCAUUUGCGCCACUAGAACUCUUCCUAUGAUGAUCACAUAUAAUAUGUCCAAGGCAGCCAUCAUGCAGUUCACUAAAUGCUGUGCACUUGAAUUAGCUGCAAAGCAAGUUCGCGUCAAUGCUGUCAAUCCUGGCACAAUUAUGACCCCAGUGCAUGAGAGAUCUGGUCGGGCUGACUCAGUUGUUGAGAAAGCUAAGAAGGUGCAUGCCAUGGGGCGGAUAGGACAGAGCAGCGAGGUUGCUAAGGCCAUCUUGUUCCUUGCGUCUGAUGAUGCCUCCUUUAUGACCGGGACAAACCUACCCAUCGAUGGGGGCCGGCAUGCCAUGUGUCCACGUUGAUUCAGCUGGAUGAGAAAGUUUACCUGUGGUGCUGUCUUCACACGUUGGACAACUUGCUCGUGAUACCAACAUUAAGAUUAUUGAAAGAAUCUGAUUGGCAUCUUAUUAGAUCAAGCUCGUGUGUUGGAAUGCCUCAGGAAAAUUGUUCAUUCAUUUUGGCAGGGAUGGCUGGUAUGAUCCUGACUGAUUCAUCUUCGCUAUUUUUGAGUUGGUAUGCGUGUGAAAUUAUCAUACGUGUAUGUUCCCAUGCACAUCGGUGAUCCUAGGCUGACCCAAGGUUUGAGAUCCUCUCUAAUCUGGAUUGAUCUUGAAUUUACCCAGUUCACAUUUACCACUUUGACCACUUGCUGCCGGAUGCUUUUAAAAAUGUAGGGCACAUAUACAGGAGAUUUUCAAGAUUUUCAGUUUUUUAA